GAGAACAACAGGUCUUAAUCCUGUCUGUGCACGGCUGUGCAAAGCGUGUGGUUUUUGAUAACAAGGGUCUUAGUUAUUGACUGUGAAUUAUUUGUUCCAACUAUAAACUGGAGCAAUGAUAUUUCGGACAGCUGUAGAGCAUGCUAAGAGGCACCCUGGCCUCAUCCCCCAGUUCUUCUUCAUCUGUUUGGGAAUGGGCGGAGCAUGUCUGUAUUUGUUUCGUCUUGCCAGAGCACCCUACAUUAUCUGGAACAAAACCAAUAACCCAGAGCCAUGGAAUGAACUUGACCCCACAUACCAGUACAAGUUUGUGGCCAUCACCACUGACUACAAAAACCUGAAGAAGGAGGGACCUGACUUCUAAAUCUCACAACCCAGAGUGGAAAAUCAGAGAACAUCCUGAUCUACGGUCAGAUUCAUUCCCCUCCUCAUUGCAGGUGGAAAGUGAAAAGGAUCCUAGAUCAGGAUAGUGUCGCUGGUGACAAACUUGUGACACUGUUAAUGUGACUGGGAUGGUCAGUCAACGGAUCCUGAGGGCACACAUGAAACCUGAAAAAGUUAAAUAUGUAACAUUUCUACAUACGUACAACAUAUGCAGGAGACAUAUGACACAUGGAUGCACAUGCUCGCUUUAUGUCUAAACCAUCCUGGCCUGUUUCGCUCAUACAUUAUAAACCAAGGAGUUUAGAUUUGGUGACAUUUUCCAGCGGUAUUGAAAAAAAUCACAAAUGCCUUUCAUUUUAUUAACCAGUCUGCUGUGUUUUUGAAAUUUGAAUGCAUUCAUGUGAUUGUUCCAGGUAUCUAUUAAUAUACAUUAUUUGUAAUUUAGGAGCUUACAUUUGCAAACACUAUGAUGUGCUUCUUUGAGCUUUGUUUCAUCUCUUUGGUGUCUGAAGGUUGAAUGCAACACAGUCUUGUCCUAUUCCGCAGCUGCAAGGCUUGUGUUUCCUUAUAUAUUCUUCAACUAACUGUACCACCUUCUCAUAAAAUGACAAUGGCCUGCUGUAUUGCAUUGAAGGUCCAGUUAAUGUGAUGGAACUGCAUGUGUUUCUUCAUAACUGUCACAUGAUUGCAGGUUUAGCAGCCACUAAAUGCUACAAUGACUGUGUAAGUUAUGAAAACUGAGCUGAACUCUCUCAAUAAAUAAAGUGUAUGAUUCA